GGCGGCUGCGCUCCCGGCGGCGGGCUGGGGCCGGGGCCCGCGCCGGGCGGGCCUCAAGAUGGGUGACUGCGGCCUGGGCUGGCGUGGGGCACGUACCGGUGGCCGCUGCUAUGCAAAGGCGGAAAAGCCCGGUUUUUGUUGUGUUUUAAAACUCUGUUUUGUCUGGAGGAGAGAGAUAAUGUCCUUUUUGCAGCCAUUAAAUAAAGGCUCCCGUUUGAAAGAUGUGGGGGUGGUAGCGGGCCUGAUGGCCUAGCUGUGGCAGGAGGGGGUGCCCUGGUUCCUCUUUUUGGAGGCCGUUCUUAUCCGUCUCACCAUAGUUCCCAACGAGAGCUCCUCCUUGUAGAGAUGCUGGCUAAAACAGGCAAAGCUGAAGGGAUUUCUGGUGUCCUGGUGGCCAUCGUGCUGUGUCAGAUGUUGUAAAUGACAGUGGUGGAUCCAGCUGCCAGCACGGCUGGGCGUGCUGGGGUUGCUGUGGAUCCAGUUGUGCUCCUGAACAGGAUGAGUUUUCUUCAGAGAAAUUGCUAAUGCAGAUACAUAAGUUUAAGCUCAUAUCCCAGGCAUAUGAAGUUCUGUCGGACCCAAAGAAAAGGGACCUCUAUGACCAGGGUGGGGAGCAGGCUAUUAAAGAAGGAGGCCUGAGUGGCGGCAGCUUCUCUUCACCCAUGGACAUCUUUGACAUGUUCUUUGGUGGUGGAGGCCGAAUGAAUAGAGAGAGAAGAGGUAAAAAUGUUGUGCACCAGUUAGGUGUAUCUCUAGAAGACUUAUAUAAUGGUAUUACAAGGAAACUGGCACUGCAAAAAAAUGUUAUUUGUGCAAAGUGUGAAGGUUAUGGCGGAAAGAAAGGGGCAAUAGAAAAGUGCCCUGUGUGUAAAGGAAGAGGAAUGCAAGUUAUAGUUCAGCAGAUUGGACCUGGCAUGGUACAACAAAUCCAAACUGUGUGUCCAGAAUGCAAAGGCCAAGGUGAAAGGAUAAAUCCGAAGGACAGGUGUGACAACUGCAAUGGCUGUAAGGUUGUGAGAGAGAAAAAGAUCAUAGAAGUUCAUGUUGAUAAAGGUAUGAAAGACGGUCAGAAGAUAGUAUUUCAUGGAGAAGGUGACCAGGAACCUGAUCUGGAACCUGGUGAUGUUAUAAUUGUGCUUGAUCAAAAGGAUCACAGUGUCUUCCAGAGGCGAGGGCAUGACUUAAUCACAAAAAUGAGAAUUCAACUCUCGGAGGCUUUAUGUGGUUUCAGAAAGACCAUUGAAACUCUGGAUAACAGAGUUCUUGUCAUAUCAUCUAGGCCAGGUGAAGUGAUAAAACACGGUGACCUGAAGUGUAUCUACAAUGAAGGGAUGCCAAUCUACAAAUCUCCAAUGGACAAAGGCAGCUUAAUUAUACAAUUUUUGGUCCAGUUCCCAGAGCACUACUGGCUCCCAAGGGAGAAACUGUGUCUGCUGGAGGCUUUGCUUCCUCCACGAGAAGACGUUAUGGUUACAGAUGAGAUGGAUCAGGUAGACCUUGAAGAAUUUGAUCCAAAUGAGCAAGCCUACCGUAACAGUGGUGGAGAAGCAUAUGAAGAAGAUGAUGAGGGUCCAAGAACAGGAGUACAAUGUCAGACAUCUUAAAGCAAGGUGGAAUGGAUGCCAUCUAAAAAUGUAAAUUUUCACAAUGAAAACUGCAUGGCUGUAAGAGCCACUGCUUGUGGGUUUUGUGUUCAGCAAAUUGAGUUGCUGCGCUGUCAGUAUCACCUUUUUGUAACUAAUUUAUAUUGUGUUCUUGUAGUCUUUAUAUAUAAAGCAAAUGUCACACAGCUGAGAACCAACUGAGUUGGUAUACAUUUUCCUUUGCUGUGAAGGUUCUCAAUUUAUUUCACCUAUGCUAUUUAUAUAAGACUUUGGCAAUAUUGAUAGAGGUUAAGUGGAGUGUCUUAUGUAAAUACUUUCAUACUGGAAAAUUAAUUUCAUAGAAUAAAACAUAGCAGAAAUAACUUCUAAUAAAUAGAACUCUUCACACUUUA